AUGCAGGUCUUCACAGGCAACGGUCAUUCCAAUCGUGAUCAUGUUACGCCAGAAUAUCCUAGCUCUGUAUCCCAGAAGCGAAAAACUACUUCUGAAAGCGCCAGUAAAACGACAACCGAGGACUUAGCUCGAUAUGAGAGUGACAUUGCUAAAAUGGUUCCUCUUACUGGAGUUUCCGGAUCUGAUGAUCAGAAAGACUUCUCGUGUGAAAGGUUCGGCACUUUUCGCAAACAGAGUUUGAAACAAGACCUGAAAGACACACCAACCUGCCAUGACCUGGCGCUUUUCAUUCGAUACACAUCUGGAAAAGUGAAAGGACAAAGCGAUGAUGGUGCCACUCAGCAUGAAUAUGUGCCCGUCGGUCUGUCACUCGUCCAGAAGAAUCUCAAAUUCCGAUACAAAGAUUUGAUCAUUAAUCAACAUGAAGCGAUCAGGAUAGAAUUCACUUUCGUUGACCUCUUGGAGGAAGAAUACUCACUUGAUAUCCUCGCAACCGCAACUAUAGGGUUACUAGUGAAAUCGUUGGCUUCAUGA